AUGGGACUGACAUCAGUGGCUAGAAUAAUGGACGCGGCGGCAUCGGCCAUGCUGGCCUCUCACCACCACCAGGAAAUGGCGGUCUCGGGAGAUCGCGCUACAGGUGCGGUUGCGGAGACGAUAACCGAGGCGCCUCGAAAAUCGCCUCAAAAUCCGCCGCACGACGCGGCGGGAUCAGCCAUGCUGGCCUCUCACCACCACCAAGGAAUGGCGGUCUCCGGAGAUUGCGCGAGGGGUGCGGUUGCGGAGAGGACACGCCUUGGAAGCUCCGCGCACUCCCCGCAACCCGCGCUCUCCCCGCAACCCGCGCAGUCUCCGCAAUCCGAGAUCGUUCCUGGCGAGCACGCGGGGAGCGGCGCGCAGGCGCAAGCGCAAGCGCUAGAUCCGGCGGAGAAGCGGCUUCUGGAGCUGGGAUACCGACAAGAGCUGAAGAGAAGCCUGGUGGGGCUCUGGGGGGAGAUGGGGGGAGGGUGGGGAGGGGAGAGAAAGAGGCGGGGGUGUGAAGGAAUGAGGGGGUGUGGGGAUGGGUGUGGGC